GAAAACUGUGACGAAGAACUGACGAAUCGAGGACAGCUUCCCCGAAGACGGAAAUGGGAGGCGCAGGGGUACACACAUGAAAUACAACGGCGAUCCCCGGGAAGAGUCGGGGUUUGCUCCCUCCGUCCGCACCGGAAAAAAGCUGAUAUUAUCUACGAACAUACUCAGGAGAGACGUUUAGCGGGAGAAAGGAAACGCAGAGAUGCUCUAUUUAGAAAACGGACUGUAAAUGGCGAGGUAGAAGCCGCUUUUCUGUAGCUCGGCGCACGGUCGGUGGGAGCAGCUUUGCUAGGAACCCCCAGCGCUGUCUCGGCGUCCGCGUCUUCGAAAAGAUGGGGACGGAACGAAAACAUGGAUUUCUUUGCCACAAGUUCUUCUCUGAGUUGCUUGUCAAUUAUUUGUGCUGCGGUUUCCCAGAAAAGGAGAAACCGUUCACAUUCGAAGGAGGGAACCGACCUACGACAGCGGCUGCCUCCCGAGAACUCAGUGCUUCAGUCAGUAGACAGUUUAGAGUGAAUCGCACAAGGAAAGCCGAGCACAGGAAUGUUGCGUUUUUUGCGAGGCAUUGUCCUGAUUCUCUACUUCUCAUCCAUUGUAUAGCCCAGCCAAGACAGAGAGUGUCACAGGAAACACGCACACUCAGUCUCGCCGGCUUCAACCGGUGGAAACGUCUGAGUGUCUCCGGAUGA